UUCACAAACACAAAAAGGUACUCGUGAUUCUAUUUAAAGCGCACCUUUAGAACAGAGAAAAGUGUGUUUUCACGCAUUCAGUGCCAGCCACAGAUACAAAUCGUUGCGUGUGGUUUAUUGCUGGGAAAGAAGAACAAUAAAGGUGAGACAUUAAAACCCUCAAAGGGGUAUUUCAGAAACAAGAUUUGAUAGGAGAUGGAACAGCCAAAGUAUAAGGUUGUCGAAGCUGAUGAUAACAGCGGACCAGUUAAUGAGUGUGCCCUUGCUCGUUCUUUUUCUUUUUCUGAGUCUGAGUCUGAGUCUGAGCCUGGAAUUUCAACUGCUUCAUCGUCGGAUUCUGAUUCCUUUGAAGAAGUUACAUCCUCUGUUUCUUCUUCUACUUCUUCUUCUUCUUCAGCUGAUCAGUUUGCAACUGAACCGUUGAAUGAUAUGUCUUCUUUGUUUCAACAACUUCCUCUCAAGAGGGGGCUUUCCAAGUAUUACCAGGGAAAGGCAGAAUCUUUCACUUCGUUGGAAAAAGUGAGGAGCUUGGAGGAUCUUGUGAAGCCAGAGAAUCCUUACAAUAAGAAGUUAAAGUCUUGCAGAAGCAAUGGAGUGGUAAUGGGUGAGUGUGAGAAAGCAAAGUGCACUGCUUCUUCUUCUUCUUGUAGUGAGAACUUCAUGGUUAGAAUAGCUCCAAUCCUACCUCACAGAUCUUCCACAGCCACCACCAUUCCUAAUCAAACUGCUUUGCUUGUUUGAAUGGGGUUGAAGAAACAGUUUGUGAUCUAAUAGUUUUUUAGUUCUUUUGGUAAAUUGAUUACUAGUUGAGAGUAAUUUGGUGUUAGAAAUUUCCAGUCAUAAUCUUUAAAAAUGUAAUUAGUGCUUUGUUGAUUUAA